CUCACAUUUUUCAGAACCAAAAAAAAAAAAUCAAAAAAAGAAAAGGGCACCCAACUGGGAAAAACGGAUCCAAAGAAAUACGAACCAGAAUAUAACCGUAAACCCUAGCCAAGCCCAGCCGCGACUUAUCUUUCUCUCUCAUCAACCCAAUCCACCCCAUCACGAUUUUUUCGAUUUUUUAGGGAUUAAGGUUUUCCUUUUCCGUUUUCCUGAUUUUAGAUCCGGCGGUGCCGAUUCGGAUUUCAUUUUGAUUUUUUUUUUAGGGUUAGGGUUACGAUUGGGAUUUUAUUUUUUAUUUUAAUUACUUUUUUCAGGCGCCGAUGGGAUUUGUCGGUUCUCGGUGAUGACCGGUGGCCGAUGUCACGGGGAGAAGAAGAUGAUGACGACGACGACGGGUAGGGUUUGCGGCACGGAAGAAGACAAGCCUUCCCCAAUUUCUAGGGUUCCGCCCAAUUUUCCGGCGACUCUGCCGGAAAUUCCUAAAAAUCCGAUUGAUUCGUUUUCUCAGGCCUGCAAGGCGCUGUGUGAGCGGUCGCCGUAUGAUGUUGUUGAUGACGCAUCAGCUCCUGGCGGUACCUGUGCGGCGACGGCGAGUGUGGCCGUGCCGGCCACGUUGCCGAGGGGCUUGGCAAGCUUCUUGUCGAAGCAGUCGGAUAGCCGGAAACGGCACAAGAAGUCACAUGCGGCGUCAGAGAGGAAGCAUUCGCGGCAGAGUGAGAAGUCUAGAGGGUAUAGGCUGUGGGCAGAGACAGAAGAGUACUUUAGACCCUUGACAUUGUCUGAUAUUGAAGCCUUAGCUGAGGUGUCUGAGCUCAGCAAGGUAGCUGCUACUAAGUGUGUGCCGAUUCCGCAUUUGGGGAAUAUUCCUGAGCUGAAUGGGAAUGGAAACUUGAAUGUGGAACCUGGUUGUUGUGAGGAGUGUGGUUGUGGUGGCAAUUCGAAUGAGAUUAAGGACGAGAUGAAUGUAAUCGGUGGCAAUGGUAAUGAGGUUGCUGCCAAAAAUGGCGGUGAGGUUGUUGGCAAGGAUGAGAAUGCAGAUGGUGGUGGCGGCAAUUCAGUUGUAGUUGAGAAGGCUAAUGAGAAUGGGGUUGUUGAAGAUGAGGUCAAGACGGAGCAGAAUGGGCAGUCUAUGGAAAUUGAUAGUGUCGCAGAGGAAGACAAAAGCUGUUUUGUGUCGGAUUCUCCCAGGGGUGUUGAGUGGCUUUUAGGUUAUAGAAACAAGACUUGUUUAGCAACAGAGCGCCCUUCAAAGAAGCGGAAGGUUCUCGGUGCUGAUGCAGGGUUGGAGAAAGUCAUUAGUGCCGCUCCUUGUGACGGGGAUCAUUCGUUAUGCCAUUUUUGCUGCAAGGGUGAUGAAGGACAGGAGUCGAACCGGUUGAUUGUUUGUAGUUCUUGCAAGGUUGUGGUUCAUCGGAAGUGCUAUGGGGUGCUAGAAGAUGUAGAUACUUCAUGGUCAUGCUCCUGGUGUAAGCACAACACUGGUGUGAGUGAUUUAGUAAACCCUUGCGUUCUCUGCUCUAAGCAGGGUGGUGCACUGAAGCCAGUUCUGAAGGAGGGUAAUAGUGACAGAUCUAUAGAGUUUGCUCAUUUAUUUUGCUGUCAAUGGAUGCCAGAGACAUACAUAGAGGAUAUGGAGAAGGUGGAACCCAUCGUAAAUGUUGGGGGGAUACCGGAAACCCGCAGAAAGAUGAUAUGUAACAUAUGCAAGGUGAAGUGUGGCGCUUGUGUACGAUGCAGUCAUGGUGCUUGCAGAACGUCUUUCCAUCCAAUGUGUGCGAGAGAGGCAAGACAAAGAAUGGAAAUUUGGGCAAAAUUUGGGCUUAAUAAUGUUGAAUUAAAGGCUUUCUGCCCAAAGCACUCAGAAUUACCAAUUAACAGCACGGCUGAACCAAUGGAUCCUUCUGUCUCCAUUGACAAAACUACAAGUAUCUCAGAGAGCCCUCAUAUGACAUUGUUGCAGAAAAAAUUAAAUAAAUUGAAAACCGGCAGGAAAAAUGGUGAUAGUCUUGCAGUCACUAUUGAGACUUCAGAUGAUUCCAAUAAAUUCAGUGAUAGCCGAUCACAGGACAUUCCAAGGAAUGAUAUGGGGAAAAUAGAGAAGGGCUGUGAGGAUGUCGAUGAAUCUGGGGCCCUUAAUCUUAUGCCUCUUUUAAAGAAGCUGAUUGACUGCGGAAAAGUUGAUCUGAAGGAUGUUGCAUUGGAUAUAGGCCUCUCACCUAAUUCUUUGGCUGCAUCACUCUCUGAUGAUAGUGUGGUCCCUGAUUUGCAAAGCAGAAUAGUCAAAUGGCUUAAAGAACAUACCUACUUGGAUCUAAUGCAAAAAAAUGUGAAAACUAAUUUAAGACCGUUAUUUGCCUCCAUGGCUGAGUUUGGAGCUCCAUUAUCAGAGUCUGGUAUGUCGGAUCUUGUAGCUGUUAAAUCAGUACCCCCACGGAGACGAACAAAAGGUGGUGGCAGGAAUUUGAAGGAUAAAAAAGUUUUCAGCUCUUUAGAGCAGACCUUUUGUGGCAAUGGGAUUCAGCCGGACAAGAUUAAUUCAGACAAAUUUAUCAGUGAAGGACCAACAAAUUCAAGAGAAGAGUCCAUCAGUGAUGUGGUUGAGAAGAAUAUAACAGUGCUCAAGGGGUUACAAGAUUCUUUGCCGACAGAUGAACUGGAAGGAUAUUCAGUGAAGUCCUCAAUUUGCAGCUUUUUGCAAAGUGGUCAAGAUGCGGCGGCUACUAUUCCUUUGCAGACUGACUUGGUGAUUGCAAAUGUAGAUCCAGUUGUUCAAGUGGAAAAACCAAUUCCUGAAAGCAACAAACCAGAGGCAGAAUCUUCUAGUUCCUGUGCCCACCUUCCCAUCCAGAGGACUACUUUACAAAUGCAGAAUGAGACGCCUCUAAAGAACACAGUACAUGGUUCUAGUGAAAAAGAAGUAUCUCGCGUGGAUGCUUCUUCCCAUGCAAGUGUUUGCUGUAAUCACCAAAAUAUACAUUUAAAAUGUCAUGAGGCUAGUUGUAAAUCUGAUGAGAUGAACUUAGAACAGUUGGCUAAGGCUCAGAAACUGGGCGUCCUAGAAAUGUCUCCAGAAGAUGAAUUGGAAGGAGAGCUGAUUUAUUAUCAGCAUAGGUUGCAAAACAAUAUAACUUCGAGGAAGCAUUAUACUGAUGUUUUAAUGUCUAAUGUUGCUAAGCGUCUGCCCAAAGAGAUUGAUACAGCACGGAAUCAGAAGUGGGACGCUGUGCUGAUUAGCCAAUAUCUUUGUGAGUUAAGAGAGGCAAAGAAGCAAGGUAGGAAGGAGAGACGGCAUAAGGAAGCACAGGCUGUGUUAGCAGCUGCAACUGCUGCUGCUGCCGCCUCUUCGAGGAUUUCAUCCUUUAGGAAAGAUGUCCUUGAUGAUCCCUCACAUCAGGAGAAUGUGGUGAAGCUAAGCUCUUUAAGUGGGAGGUCCGGCUUUUCCUCACAGAUGAUACCACGGGCAAAAGAGACAUUUCCGAGGGUGGCUGUCCCUAGGGUUUCUGUUGAAAAGCACUCUGGUAUAGCUCAUUCAGGCUCCGAUGUAUCUAAAGAACAUCCUCGAUCAUGUGAUAUCUGCAGACGUUCUGAAACAAUUUUAAACCCGAUUUUAGUCUGCUCCAGUUGCAAGGUUGCUGUUCACUUAGAUUGCUAUCGUAGCACAAGAGAAUCUACAGGUCCAUGGUACUGUGAAUUAUGUGAAGGCAAAGCUACUGCCAAUAUUUGGGAGAAAGAGCAUUUAACUGCAGAAUGUGGUUUAUGUGGUGGGAAAGCUGGUGCUUUUAGGAAAUCCUCUGAUGGUCAGUGGGUCCAUGCCUUCUGUGCUGAGUGGGUCUUUGAGUCAACAUUCAAAAGGGGACAAGUAUCAUCAAUUGUUGGAAUGGACACAGUUACGAAGGGCCUUGAUUUCUGUUGUAUCUGCCGACGCAAAUUUGGUGUCUGCAUAAAGUGCAGCUAUGGUCAUUGUCAGGCAACAUUUCAUCCCUUCUGUGCCAGAAGUUCAGAUUUUUAUAUGAAUGUAAAAAAUCUUGGUGGCAAGCAGCAACACAAGGCAUACUGUGAGAGGCAUAGCCUCGAGCAGAAGGCAAAGGCUGAUACACAAAAACAUGGAAUGGAGGAAUUAAAGAACCUUCACACAAUAAGGGCUGAGCUGGAGAGGUUACGUCUAAUUUGUGAAAGAAUCAUCAAACGGGAAAAAGUAAAGAGGGAAUUACUUAUUUGUUCACAUGACCUUCUUGCCGUGAAAAGAGAUCAUGUUACCCGUUCUGUGCUUGUUAACAGUCCUUUUUUGUUACCGGAUGCUAGUUCCGAAUCAGCAACGACUUCUCUUAAAGCACAUACAGAUGAUUAUAGAUCAUGCAGUGACACAUUCCAAAGAUCAGAUGAUGUGACUGUAGAUAGUUCAAUUUCUUUCAAGCACAGGACUAGAGUUCCUAUAACUAUUGAUAACGACCAAAGGACAGAUGAUGACAGCUCCACAUCCCAAAUCCAAUUUACCCAAAAUAUUUCGGAGAGGAUGCAAUUUGCUGAAAAACAUAUUCCUUUCAGACCUGUGGUGAACUGUAAUCUUUUGGAAGAUGGUGGAUACAGGUUAAAAUCUAAGAAGCAUGCCGAGAUGUUUUCUAAAGAAAUGGUGAUGACAUCAGAUCAGGCAUCAGUGAAAAAUAUGCUGCUACCCAAAGGAUAUGCAUAUGUUCCUGCUGACUGUAUUCCAAGUGAGAAGCAGGUCAACCAGGAUGCUUGUUCUGGCGAACAGCCAGAAGGAGAUGGGUAGGGUGGGGAAUUAGCGUUGUGCGUUUGGAUCAGCCUUCUUGUGGACCAUGAAAGUACCACAAGACAUUUCUCCACCCAGAUGUCAUUGCUCGCAAUGGAAAUGACCGUGCUCGUCUGUUACGAAGGGAAUUGGUCAAAUGAAACAUCUGGGUUAGCUGCCACUGUAUUAUUCUGCUCAAAGCAGUGGCAUUCUGGGUUGGGAUGUGAAGUUUUGGCAUCAUUGUUGUAUAGUCAUCUGUACAGUGGGUGAGGGUUUGUUCUUCAUACAUGUAUUAGAAGGCAUCGAUUAAUGUCUUUGUAGGAGUACAGAGAAGCUCUGCUUGUAAACCAUGUACACGAAAUUUAAAGCGCAUCUAUCACCUGCUGUGUCAGCUCUGUAAAGUUAAUGUAUAUAUCCUUACAGUACGAAUCCAGAAAUGUAUUGCCCCUGAAUCAGAUUACGAGAG